AGAAUCUGGCUCAAGAUUCGAUAGCGUAGUUCUCUUUGCAGGGCAAAACCACCUGCUCUAUGUACAUUAGAUCGCUUUAAUCGACCGAAUUCGUUCAACUCAACCUCGACGACGGAUCUGUGAGGGAUGCCCGAGCCAGGGGUGGUCUACCGUGGCGCCAAGUACAACCAUGGCCCUGAAGGACAGUACGGCACCAUGGGUAGCAUGGGCACCUACGACAUUGAGGGCACCAGGCCCCCGAGUGACAAGUCCCUGCUUCGCCGGGGUGAUCCGGUGGACUCCGACAACGAGGAAACCAAGGUGAACAUGUGUGAGUUGGUGCUGGUACCCUGGGUGCUGCUGGCUUUGGUGCUUGGCUGCUACCUCAUCGCAGGUGCCAAUGGGCAGAUCGCCGUCCUGUGGAUCAUGCCACUGGUCUUGACCAUGCUGAUUUUGGCUUAUGUCAGAACCAGCUACCGACGGGGCGACAGCGACGAGGUGGUGUUAGGCUUCUUGGCGCUGACUGCAGUGGUCAUUGGCGCCGCCGUGGGCUUGUUUGCCAACUUCUUCAUGCUUCAAGAGUUGCAUCGGAUCAACCAAGGCGCUAGCUACUUCAAUGUACUUCCCUCCGAGCUGGCGUCGGCCCAUGGGGAUGCCUCAAGCAUGGUCUUCGUGAAUGGCACACGUCUCAACCUCGCGGAGUCCUUCGGAUUUACUGACGCCAACUCACAAUUGUCCACUGUUUAUUGUGUGGCUCCAGUGACCAACGGGGAGCCCAGCUUCAAACACAUCCAAUACUGGGCGGCCGGCAUCGAUUGCUGUGGCCAGACAAAGCCCUUCACGUGUGGCGAUGCUCAGAACCCCACGGCGCAGGGUGGGCUGAGACUGUCGCCCUUCGUCGAGGAUAGCAGCACCAAGAAGCUUUUUGAGCAAGCGAUCAAAGGCUCGUUGGACAAGUUUGGCUUGGUCGCCGGGAAUGAGUACAUCCUCCUGUCAUGGACCGAGAACCCAAUCCAAUACAGGGACAAUUUGUGGUAUGGCAGCUGGAAGUUGUUCAGCGUCUUCGCUGGAGUGUACUUGAUCAUCUCGGCGAUGGUGGGCUUCGUCAUCUUCCCCAUUCUGAAAGGCUCCUGAGUCGAGCGACCCGGCGGAGUUGCGCACCGCGGAGUGACCGGUGACCCGAAGGUCCGUCCUGGCGACAGCCAUGUGUGAACUGCAUGUUGUG